GCGGCGAAUGCGCUUGGUCACGGACUUGGAAGCGGGUGCUGCUCGAAGAAAGCUCCGUGCUCGUUUCGCCUUUUCUCCGUUCCGGGAGCCCCGAGCCGGCCCGGACCGCCCCGCGACGGCGCCAUGAUCACCUCAGCCGCUGGAAUAAUUUCCCUUCUGGAUGAGGAAGAGCCAGAACUCAAGGAAUUUGCUCUCCACAAGCUGAACGCAGUUGUCAAUGAUUUCUGGGCUGAGAUCUCUGAAUCGGUGGAUAAAAUUGAAAUUCUGUAUGAAGAUGUUGGGUUUCGUAGUCGGGAAUUUGCCGCCUUGGUGGCUUCCAAAGUGUUCUAUCACUUAGGGGCUUUCGAAGAAUCCCUGAAUUAUGCCCUGGGAGCUGGCAACCUUUUCAACGUCAAUGACAAUUCCGAAUAUGUAGAAACCAUUAUCGCAAAAUGCAUCGAUCACUACACCAAGCAGUGUGUGGAAAACGCAGACUUGGCGGAAGGGGCCCAGAAAGCCGUGGACCCCCGCUUGGAAGGGAUCGUGAACAAGAUGUUCCAGCGCUGCUUAGACGAUCACAAGUACAAGCAGGCCAUCGGCAUUGCCUUGGAGACCCGCCGGCUGGACAUUUUUGAGAAAACCAUUUUGGAAUCGAACGAUGUUCCAGGCAUGCUGGCCUACAGCUUGAAGCUUUGCAUGUCCUUGAUGCAAAAUAAGCAGUUCCGCAAUCAAGUUUUGAGAGUUUUGGUGAAAAUUUACAUGAACUUGGAGAAGCCUGAUUUCAUCAACGUGUGCCAGUGUCUCAUUUUCUUGGACGACCCACAAGCCGUGAGCGACAUCCUGGAGAAACUAGUGAAGGAGGACAACCUUCUCAUGGCUUACCAGAUCUGUUUCGACUUGUACGAGAGCGCCAGCCAGCAGUUCCUCUCCUCGGUCAUCCAGAACCUCCGCAGCGUUGGCACCCCCAUUGCUUCCGUGCCCGGAUCUACCAACACGGGGACGGUGCCCGGGUCUGAAAAAGAAGGAGAGAUGAUGGAGACAGAAGAGAAGAAAGGCAGCCCUGUUGCUUCUGUGAAGUCAGCUCAGACGAGUCCAGGAACGAAAGACCAGAUUCCCAAAAUGAUCAAGAUUUUAAGUGGGGAAAUGGCCAUUGAAUUGCACCUCCAGUUUUUAAUACGAAACAACAAUACGGACCUCAUGAUUCUAAAAAACACAAAGGAUGCGGUGCGGAAUUCUGUGUGUCACACCGCCACCGUUAUCGCCAAUUCCUUCAUGCACUGUGGAACAACCAGUGACCAGUUCCUUAGAGACAAUUUGGAGUGGCUUGCAAGGGCUACUAACUGGGCCAAGUUUACUGCUACAGCCAGCCUUGGUGUCAUCCAUAAGGGUCACGAGAAGGAAGCUCUUCAGCUGAUGGCAACGUACCUGCCCAAAGACACGUCUCCGGGGUCUGCCUAUCAGGAAGGAGGCGGCCUCUACGCCUUGGGGCUCAUCCACGCCAACCAUGGCGGCGACAUCAUCGACUACCUGCUGAACCAGCUCAAGAAUGCCAGCAACGACAUCGUUCGGCAUGGGGGAAGCCUGGGGCUUGGCUUGGCUGCCAUGGGAACAGCACGCCAAGAUGUCUACGACCUUCUGAAAACCAACCUGUACCAAGAUGACGCGGUGACAGGCGAAGCAGCUGGCCUCGCCCUAGGCCUUGUGAUGCUGGGGUCCAAAAACGCCCAGGCCAUCGAGGACAUGGUGGGCUAUGCCCAGGAAACCCAACACGAGAAGAUCUUACGGGGCUUAGCCGUUGGGAUCGCCCUGGUGAUGUACGGGAGGAUGGAGGAAGCCGAUGCCCUCAUUGAGAGCCUGUGCAGGGAUAAGGACCCAAUUCUCCGGCGUUCGGGGAUGUAUACUGUCGCAAUGGCUUAUUGCGGCUCAGGGAACAACAAAGCGAUCCGGCGUCUGUUACAUGUGGCGGUGAGCGACGUCAACGAUGACGUCAGGCGAGCGGCUGUCGAAUCUCUGGGCUUUAUUUUGUUCAGGACUCCCGAACAAUGUCCAAGUGUCGUUUCCUUGUUGUCCGAAAGUUACAACCCGCAUGUCCGCUACGGAGCAGCGAUGGCUUUGGGGAUCUGUUGCGCUGGGACAGGAAACAAGGAAGCAAUUAAUUUGUUGGAACCGAUGACUAACGAUCCUGUCAACUACGUGCGUCAGGGGGCUCUGAUUGCAUCGGCCCUCAUCAUGAUCCAGCAGACCGAAAUUCUUUGCCCAAAGGUCAGCCAGUUUAGGCAACUUUACUCCAAGGUCAUCAACGAUAAACACGAUGAUGUGAUGGCGAAGUUUGGGGCGAUUCUGGCGCAGGGCAUAUUGGAUGCAGGUAAUUCAUGUUUUGUCCUGGCGCGUUCAUUGAUACGUACAGAAAGAUUUUGGUCCCUUGUUUUAAAAUCAGGGUUUUUUUUUUCCCCUCAACCUUCAGUGAUGUGGGUGACCCUGAGACCCCUUGGACUGAGAAUUUUGGAGGUUGUAGUCCUGAGAAAUUCCAACACUUCCGGAAGGCCCUAUUUUUCGGUCUUCCGAGACUACAGAGGCCACCCGCGAGCCUCCACGAGGGCGAAAAACAGCCCCCAAAAUGGGCCAGAAAUUAGCUGGGAGGUGCGCACGUGCGCGGUACGGUUUCUUUUCUUUCUUUUUUUUUUUCAGAUGCCAAAAGUUCAGUACCGGUCCAACGUCAAGCCCUCCACAUUUGCCUACCCAGCCCCCUUGGAAGUGCCAAAAGAGAAGGAGAAGGAAAAGGUUUCUACCGCUGUCUUGUCCAUCACUGCAAAAGCCAAGAAAAAAGAGAAGGAGAAAGAAAAAGAGAAGAAAGAAGAGGAGAAAAUGGAAGUGGAAGAAGCGGAGAAGAAGGACGAGAAGGAGAAGAAGAAGGAGCCUGAACCUUCUUUCCAGAUCCUUGACAACCCGGCCCGGGUGAUGCCAGCCCAGCUGAAGGUGCUCACCAUGCCAGAGAGCUGCCGGUACCAGCCUUUCAAGACGCUUUCCAUUGGGGGCAUCAUCGUCUUGCGAGACACCAGCGAGGACACGGAAGAGCUGGUGGAACCCGUGGCAGCCCACGGCCCCAAGAUAGAAGAGGAGGAGCAGGAGCCGGAGCCCCCCGAACCUUUCGAGUACAUCGACGACUAGGAGGAGAUGGGCAGCCCUCGACGGAGUUCGGCGCAACGCCGGGACAUCCGGAGCCCUGUGGAAGAAGCUCCGGUGACGAGCCGCAGCUCAGCGCAUGUCCCAACCGACGCUUCUCUCGCCGGCCCGCACCACAGACGACGGAGAGCAGCAAUUUCUCUCUUUGGCAUUUCUCAUUUACAGGAAUUCGGUUUUCAAAAUAAAUUAAUAAUAAAAUUUAAAAAAAAAC